AUGGCACAACAAAAUAAUAAUAAUGAUGGUGAGAAAGAUUUAAAGAGUGUUGGUGAAAAUGUUAGGGUUGGUGAUGGUGGUAGUAGAUGGACAACAUGGUUGUCACCAUGGUUGGCAUUGAUUGCAUCGUCCUGUUGUAUCAUUCAGUUGGUAUUGAAUGUGUUCUCGGUGUCGUGUGCAGGCUUUGCCAUUCUCAAUCCAUACCGAUCGGUAUUCACUGCACUCACUGUGUGCUCGAUCGCCUACAACUUCUACAGAUUCGGAUUGACCCGACAAACAAUGAUAACUCUCACCAUCUCGCUACUACUCUGUUCGAGCAAUGAGAUCGUACAAAUUGUAAACGAAGGAAAACUAGAUUAUAUUGUAUAUACAUUUACAAACACCUAUAACAAUAACAAAAAUAACUUUUUUAUAAAUAUAAAUAAUAUAAAUACAAACAACAACAACAACGACAACAACAAUAACAAUAACAAUCAAGCAACUUGUACAACAUAUAAAAUAGAGAUCGAUGGAAUUGGUUGUAUGUCUUGUGCCAAUAGAAUUAAAAAUACACUGGAUGCAUAUCCUGCUGUGGCAAAGGCACUCGUUUACUUGGAGAAUGCAACUGCUAUCGUAUCGAUAACAAAAUCAAACAAUAACAAUAACAACAAUAAUAAUAAUAAUAAUAAUAACGACUAUUCAUAUUCAUUGGAACAACUUAUCAAUAAUAUAGAUAGAAAAUAUACUGCAAAGGUAACGGUUAUGAAUAUAUCAAUUCAACAACGUUGUAAACUUUUCAAGAGACAAGAAACUUCUUGGUAUUGUUCCACAAGCUACUUGACAGACCGGGAUAUAUCUUGUUCAUUCGGUCUAUGA